UACUCUUGGAAGACUUUCAGAGCCCUGAUGCUUCUCUCCUCAUUCAGUUUCAAAAUCUUGAUCUGUAAAGGAGCUCUCAUUCUCACUAACCCUGUCACCACUACUCUAAUCUGUCCACCAUGACCUUCCACCUUGAAGUGAAAAAGAGCUUAGACAGGCGUAGUGCUAUAAGCCGAUAGAGUCACUAGCUUCAGUUGAAUGAAAGAAGGGAAAUUGUUGUAUGUGCAUUUGCUGUGGAUUCGUGUUUUGGAAAGCCUGUUAGUUUCUUUUGGUUCUUGCAUGUGUUUGGGAAACACUAUUCUAACUUGCUGUUUGUAUUUAAGCAGGAACGAAUGCAGGGAUCUGUGAAUUGAGUAGUGCAAGUGCUGAAGAAGGAGGUUUGUUUGGAGGAAACAGGAAAGAGAAAGAAAAGAGAAGGAAAAAAUACAUAAUUUUAGGAACGAGAGAGAGAAGAAAAACGGGGACUAUGGGGAGAAAAAAGAUUCAGAUCACGAGGAUUAUGGAUGAACGUAACAGACAGGUGACAUUUACAAAGAGGAAAUUUGGGUUAAUGAAGAAGGCUUAUGAGCUGAGUGUUCUAUGUGACUGUGAGAUUGCGCUAAUCAUCUUUAACAGUACCAACAAACUGUUCCAGUAUGCCAGCACGGAUAUGGACAAAGUGUUGCUGAAAUACACAGAGUACAAUGAGCCACAUGAGAGCCGAACAAAUUCAGACAUUGUGGAGACGUUGAGAAAGAAGGGACUUAAUGGUUGUGACAGUCCAGACCCUGAUGCAGACGAUUCAGUAGGUCACAGCCCUGAGUCUGAGGACAAGUACAGGAAAAUUAAUGAAGAUAUUGAUCUAAUGAUCAGCAGGCAAAGAUUAUGUGCUGUUCCACCACCCAACUUUGAGAUGCCAGUUUCUAUCCCAGUGUCCAAUCACAACAGUUUGGUAUAUAGCAAUCCAGUCAGCUCACUGGGCAACCCCAACCUUUUGCCACUGGCCCACCCUUCUUUGCAGAGAAAUAGUAUGUCUCCUGGAGUGACACAUCGACCUCCAAGUGCAGGUAACACAGGUGGUCUGAUGGGCGGGGACCUCACAACCGGUGCAGGCACCAGUGCAGGAAACGGGUAUGGUAACCCCCGAAACUCACCAGGUUUGCUGGUCUCACCUGGAAACUUGAAUAAGAAUAUGCAAGCAAAAUCUCCACCACCGAUGAAUCUGGGAAUGAACAACCGUAAACCAGAUCUCCGAGUCCUUAUUCCACCGGGCAGCAAGAAUGCAAUGCCAUCAGUGUCUGAGGAUGUCGAUCUGCUUUUGAAUCAAAGGAUAAAUAACUCCCAGUCUGCUCAAUCAUUGGCCACCCCAGUGGUUUCCGUAGCAACUCCUACUUUACCAGGGCAAGGAAUGGGAGGGUAUCCAUCAGCCAUUUCAACAACAUAUGGUACUGAGUACUCACUGAGUAGCGCAGAUUUAUCAUCUCUCUCUGGGUUUAAUACAGCCAGUGCUCUUCAUCUUGGUUCAGUAACUGGCUGGCAACAGCAACACCUACAUAACAUGCCACCAUCUGCCCUCAGUCAAUUGGGAGCUUGCACUAGCACUCACUUAUCUCAGAGUACAAAUCUCUCCCUGCCUUCUACUCAAAGCCUCAACAUCAAGUCAGAACCUGUUUCUCCUCCUAGAGACCGUACCACCACCCCCUCGAGAUACCCACAGCAUACGCGCCACGAGGCGGGGAGAUCUCCUGUUGACAGCUUGAGCAGCUGUAGCAGCUCGUAUGAUGGGAGCGACCGAGAGGAUCAUCGGAAUGAAUUCCACUCCCCCAUUGGACUCACCAGACCUUCGCCGGACGAAAGGGAAAGUCCCUCAGUCAAGCGCAUGCGGCUCUCUGAAGGAUGGGCAACAUGAUCAAAUUAUUACCUACUAGUUUUUUUUUUUCCUUGCAGUGUGUGUGUGCUAUACCUUAAUGGGGAAUGGGGGGUCGAUAUGCAUUAUAUGUGCCGUGUGUGGACAAAAAAGUCAGGUACUCUGUUUUGUAAAAGUACUUUUAAAUUGCCUCAGUGAUACAGUAUAAAGGUAAACAGAAAUGCUGAGAUAGGCUUAGCACUUGAGUUGUACAACAGAACACUUGUACAAAAUAGAUUUUAAGGCUAACUUCUUUUCACUGUUGUGCUCCUUUGCAAAAUGUAUGUUACAAUAGAUAGUGUCAUGUUGCAGGUUCAACGUUAUUUACAUGUAAAUAGACAAAAGGAAACAUUUGCCGGAGGUGGCAGAUCUUUACUGAGAGAGAAAGCAGCUGUUAUGCAACAUAUAGAAAAUGUAUAGAUGUUUUGACAGACCCAGCAAUGGGUGGCCACUGGUAAAUGUUAGAAACAGAGGAGGUCACCUAACAUAGCAAUGAUGCUCACAAACAUUCAGGCAUAUCAUUGGAGUAUGGCACUCAGUUAAAAGGAUCAAAGACAUUUAAAAGAGGACCAUACUUAUAAAAAUGUGGAGUUUGAGGGCUAACAUAUUUAAUUUUUAAAAAUUCUGGGUCUGCAUCACUUAUUAAAUAAAAAUAUAAAAAUAUGUACAUUACAUUUUGCUUAUUUUCAUAUAAAAAGUAAGACAGAGUUUGCAAAGCAUUUGUGGCUUUUUGUAGUUUACUUAAGCCAAAAUGUGUUUUUUUUUCUUGAUAGCUUCGCUAAUAUUUUAAACAGUCCUGAAAAAAGCAAAAGGGACUUUUUGUAUAGAAAGCACUACCCUAAGCCAUGAAGAACUCCAUGCUUUGCUAACCAAGAUAACUGUUUUCUCUUUGUAGAAGUUUUGUUUUUGAAAUGUGUAUUUCUAAUUAUAUAAAAUAUUAAGAAUCUUUUAAAAAAUCUGUGAAAUUAACAUGCUUGUGUAUAGCUUUCUAAUAUAUAAUAAUUAUGGUAAUAGCAGAAGUUUUUGUUAUCUUAAUAGUGGGAGGGGGGUAUAUUUGUGCAGUUGCACAUUUAAGUAACUAUUUUCUUUCAGUUUUCUUUUACUCUGCAUACAUUUUACAAAAUCAAAAUCAAUUGUCAAAAGGAUAACCUGUGGGGUUAGAUUUACCAUAUCAUAACAACCUAAAUCAUUUUAAAAACUACAUUUGCAAUCUAUUGGGUGAACAGACAUCCAUUGUAUAUAUUGAUUAGUUCUUUCAGUUUUGAAUUUUUGGGUUUUUUUGCAUUUUACCAAAUGCAGGGUCCCUUUUUCUGAUCUUAGAUAUACCCCUGUGCAUCUUGGAAUUCAAUAAGUAUGUAUCACAAUUUGACCUUUAUCCUAAAUCACCUGGUUGGUAUUCAGCCCACUAUAAUUUGAUAUAUAGUAUUUGUUUUUGGUUUUGUUUUUUAAUCUGCCUGGAAUGGGCUAUGAGUGGUGGUACAUUACAUCUUGAAGAUAUGUCAGAAAAAAAUGUGCUUGAUGUGAAGGUAACCCAGUGAAUAAGUUAUAUUCGCCCACAUUUAGAGAAAAUAUGAAGAAACUUGAUACUACAGAAAAGAAAAAGAAACAGGUACCCAGUGUUGUAUUAUUUUAACUUGUACUCAACAAACCUUGCUGGUAUCAUAAGGCUGUUGAGUGAGCCCAGUGUAUCAGGCAACCCCAAAAUGUCACUUCUGCAUAAGGCAUGUAUGUCAUAUUUUUUCCUUCAAUAAAGAGAGUUAAUAGCCAUUACAAGAAAACCCAUUUAAGAUCCUCUAUGUCCCUUUUCGUUCAAAGAAACAAUGACUUACUGAACACAUGUCUCUGGGGAUUAUUUUCUGGGUCAUUCCCCUUUAAGAAGUUAGUGCCAUAAGAAAUGCUUGUAUUUCUUCUCCAAGAGUAGUUUCAGUUUUUGGAAGAAUAUAGGAACAAUUCCCUUUUCAUGGUAUGUGGAGAUCCAGUUUCAUCUCCCAAUCAGAUGCAUUGAUAUUAGCAGUAAAAAAAAAAAUAAAAAAAUAAAAAUAAUUUUUUUUAAAUACAAAAGUGAUGCAGUCAGUACAAACAAAUCCAGUUUAGUUAGGCCAUACUAAGACCCAUUCCCCAUCAACUUGUCGUAGUUUCUGUGCAUUUCUCAUCAUAAGAGGCUGCCGCUGGGUGGCAGAAGCCAAGAGAUUUUACUUACUGGACUCUAUUUUCCUAACUUCAUCUGAAAUUCCCAAUUAGUUCUCUGGUUUGUGCCUGACUAGGAUGCCAGUCUGCCUUGUGCUCGUAUUUUAUAUACUCUAAGCAGAAUACAAUUCAACUAAUUCAUACACCCUAUUUGAUAAGAUGACCAUGGAACAUGGAAAGAAAGAUAUUUAUGCAGAGGAAAAGCAGAACUGGAUCCCUGACCUAUUAAAUGCAAACACACAUAGACACACACAGUAUUCAAAGCCACUCUCCUAACCUUAAGCAUGAUCCCAUUCUUAGAGUCUCUUGCUGAGAUUUUAACUUGACGUGUAUAAAAUAUGCAAAUAUGUCACAAAUGUGCUUUGUCAUUUCAAAACACUUUGGGUUUAUCAGAAUUGUUAGUAGAAACUUGUCAGCGGGUGGGGAGGGGGUCAGUCUAUGAAAAUACGAAGAAUAGCCAUAUUAUUAGUUUACCUUGCAAUUUGCCUCAGCAACACAGGAAAAAAAGGAAAAGUGAGUUUCUAAGGGGGUGGUUGUUUAAAGUAAGCUAAAGAACCAGCAGAAGCCAGGGUAAAGAUGAAGCCUUGGCUAUUUAUAGCAGUUCUGACAAUGGUUUUAUAAGAACAUUUAAAGAAUAGAAUCACUUGAAAGUGGAUACCAGUCACCUCUUGUUCCCACCACUGAAUUCAUCUGAAGUGGUGGCAAGAUAGUGAAAGGAUAAUCUGAGAAUUUUUAAAAGAUGAUUUAAUGAGAAGAAGCACAACUUUGAAUAUGAUGAGUCACUUUCUGUCAACAAUAACUGUCUAUUUUUUUUACCCUUGUACCUUUCUCUGUAAUUUACCAUUUACUGUAUUUGCAAAGCUAAUUUUGUUUUUUUUUUCACAGAGAUUCCUUUGUAUGUAAGGAGUUUGGGGCAGAGCCCUGAGGGAGUAUUACUUUACAGAACCCAAGCUGCAGAAACCUUUUUUUUUUUAGGCAACACUCUUCAUUGCAAGUUAAAAUACCCCCAAAGUGGCAUUUUGUUCACUCUCAAGGAUUGUAAUCGCUAAUCCUUCUUUUAAGAGAUUUUCAGCAACAUCAUUAAAUUGAAUGAUUGGUGACAAUGAUAUGAUAUACAUAAGCUGCACAACCUGUAUAUUGUAUGCAUUGGUGCCUUUCAUUUUGAGGCUGUUCAUUUUAACAUUUUUGAAAGUUCAGUUUUAUAGCAAAAAGGCAUAUUUUUCCCAAAGGCAGAAUCUAACUGUUUUGUAAUGAUGAAUAUGAAAAUACCUGUCAUCCUCAGAUCAUUUUCAGGUUAACUAAAGUGAGAAUUUUUAAAAUAACAAUGCCAAUUCUCUCUUAACAAGAAUGUCAGCCCUCUUGUACCUGGACGUUUGUUUUAUCUUUCCUAUCCAAGUCUUUAACUUAGGCAUAGAGAUUUUUUUUGCCCCUUUCUUCUUGUGUUCCCUUCAGAAAGUAAAUGCUUUGUAUUUCUUUUUUUUUUUAAGCCACUUGAAACCUCAAUAAAGGCUGUUGCCUAAACAUGGAAUACUUCAUCUGUUCCUGUUUGUGCCAUCUGCUGUGACGUCGUCACUUACAUGGCGUUAAUUUCCUGCCACUACAGAUCUUUUGAAGGACUGAUGGGAUAUUGGUAUAUGUUAGAAUGCUUCAGAUCGUAGAUGUAAUAAGAGGCUUUUGUUAAUAUGUUUUAACCAAAGAUGUGGAGCAAUCCAAGCUUUUAGCCACAUACCGUCUGCAUCAAAUUUGUCCAUUUGGGUUAUUUUUAUAAUCGGGUGUUACAUUUUGCCUUCCCUACGCAUACCUCAAAUUGAUCCAUACCUCCCUCUGAUUCAGAGAGGUCAACUAAAUGACAGAUUUUUUUUUCACUCUAAAUGCUAGUACCUGUGUUCUCUUAGAGUAGAGCAGAAAUGGGUCACUGUAGGCAUAGUACUUGGAUUGCUUCAGAUGGUUUGCUGUAUCCUUUUUUCUUCUUUUUUUCUUUCUUUUUCUGGGGACUUGUUUCCAUUAAAUGACAGUAAUUCAAAAGUAGCUUGUAAAUGAGGGCAUACAAGCAUUUGCAACAAAUAUUAAAAUAGAGGCUCACAGCGGCAUAAGCUGGACUUUGUCGCCACUAGAUGACAAGAUGUUAUAACUAAGUUAAACCACAUCUGUGUAUCUCAAGGGACUUAAUUCAGCUGUCUGUAGUGAACAAAAGUGGGAAAUUUUCAAAAGUUUCUCCUGCUGGAAAUAAGGUAUAAUUUGUAUUUUGCAGACAAUUCAGUAAAGUUACUGGCUUUCUUAGUGA